AUGAUCAUUUCAACAGCAGCAGCAACAACAACAGCAGUAGCACCACCACCACCACAACAACAACAACGACAUACUGACCAUCUGCUCGGCGACAAACAUUCAUCCAAAGCGCAAGGUCUAACCAGAACAUUCAAGACGCUUAAGAUCUCAGGGCCCAAGACCAAGGAAGAAAUCACAACCGAUUUAAAGUCAAACAUAAUUCUUGCAGCAAAAUUCCCAUUCAAUGCAGAAUCUUCAAAUGAGUUGAGCAUAAAGACUGGUGAUAUCUUGAAAUUAUUGGCAACACCCAAGGACGGCUGGAUCCUAGUCAAAUACAUUGAUAGACUACACACGCCAGGCUUAAUACCAGCUUCCUAUGUCGAUAUCGUAGUUAACGAUCCAGUGCAUCCAAUCACCUUAAACUGGCUACACUCGCAAGACACGUAUAGUAUCAUCAAUGACCACAAGUACCUAGACCUACAAUUCAACAAAGUCGAGUCCAAAUUCCAAACCAUCAACAAUAGAGCGUAUCCAACAUCAGCUUCAAUACCAAAUUUCUUUCUCUACAAAAAAAGAUAUUGGUAUCGCUUAGAUAUAGAGUACAGCGACAAGUCCACAGCCCACGUUUGUCGAUACUAUCAAGACUUCUAUAACUUACAUAUUGACUUGUUAGAUUUGGUCGAGAAUGUUGGAAAAAAAGAUAGCGCUGAUGCGAAAACCUUAAAGUUGCCCAAGUUGCCCGAGCCAAUUCCAACGAAUACAAAAUCUUUGACCAAUGCUGAAGAAGAGAAAACUGCUAUUGGCAGUAGUAAUGACAGUAAUAACGUCAAUGACAAAAACAAUAACAAAGACAAUAACAUCGACAGAAAUAACGACCAAGGUAGCCAUAAUGACAGUGUAGAUGAAAAGGCAAGACAAAGAGCUAGAAUUGAGGAUGAGUUACAAGAGGUUACAAUGUUGUUGAAGAGAUGCAAUGAUUUGAACAUUUACACUAAUAAACUCAUCCUUAACAAAUAUUUGCAAACCUCAAAGCAGCUAGUAGAUUGGCUUAGCACUGAUUAUAAGGACUUGCCCGGGUUUUGCAUUUCAGAGGAGGAACUUCUUCACCGAGAGGAAAAUGACACUAUAUUAAGCAAUGACGAGAUUAAUGAAAAACUUCUUCCAGGAUCAAUCAAUGUAGUUAAAGAUUUCAAUGAGAAGAAGCUCAAGCUACAGGAAGAGUUGGAAAGAGAGGCAAAGGCAAAGGAAGAAGAAUUGAAGAAGCAAAAUAGAAGCGAUAUUGAUGGUGAUCACGAGGCGGAAGAUCUUGACGAAUUAACCGAGUUGGCCGACGAAGAUUUGCCAGCUAGAAGCAAGUCCAAAAAUAUCUACAACAAUUACCAGCAAGCAUCCCAUGUUUUUUCCUCAGCUAGGCAGCCCUCGUUGAAACUUAAUAGUCCGCGCCUCAAUAGAUCCGAUUCAAAGUCAGCGACAAAUCAAGGUGUGCCAACGCAAGGAGCUCAUGCCCAAAAUAGUCGAAAACAUAGCCAGGCUAGUUUGGCACACACAACAUCCUUUAGCAGUAAUUCAUCGUCUUCUCCAACAGAUGCGGCCCCCAUAAGAGAACUUCCUGUGAGUACACCAGAUACCUCAAUCGAUUCUGCCUACAAUUCUUCAUUCACGCAAACACCCAAGCUGCAACAGUUUAGCAUGACUCUGAAUCCAUUUUUGAAUGGUCAAAAAACGGCGUCGUCAACUACACCGGUUGCAAUUAAAAAGCAACAGCACCCGCAACAACAACAACAACAACAACAUCAUCAUCAUCAUCCUGCUGUGCCGGAAACAGCACACCAAUCCUCUCAGAUGGUGCCACCCGGUCCUUACAACCACCCAAUGUAUGGCACACCACCAAAAGGAUCACCAAAGUUGAUUAACACGAAUAUUGCCUCGCCCAAAAUGCAUUAUAGCCCGAAACCUGGGCUUCCACCACAAGUCAACACUUCACAGUCUCCGUUGAAGCAUUCCCCCAAGACAUUCCCAAUACCUCCACAACAGUACCAAUAUCAACAACAACAUUCACCAUCGGGUCAAAAAUCACAUCCUCAACCAUUUUCUCCUCUGAACCAAGGUAUGAUUCCUUUAGCGCCAAACCAUCAGCAGAUGGGAUCAAACAACCCCUUUGUGUAUACUAAAGGAAAUGGCGUAAAUAGUACAAGUACAAGUGGCGGCAGUGGCAGUGGUGGCAAUGGUGGCGAUUCGCGCACCCCGCCUCAAAACCUCAAGUGUAAGAUCUCCAAUUUCAAUAACGAAACUUUUGCCAUUAUAUUGAAUAAGGCGCAGAUAAAGAGUGUUCAGGAUCUUAAGAUUUCAGUGAAGCAGAGAGUAUACUAUACAAAGCUCUUUAUCAAAUUGCCCAAUUUGAACAAUUAUGAGAAUAUUGAUAUUGUAAAGUUCAACAUUACCGAAUUUCUAAGAUUCAAUGAUGAAGUGGCCUUAAGGAUCUCAUGA